AUGCUGGCCAAAUGUUUGAAGAAGGCGUGCCAAGUUCCCUCCUCAUUGGGGCAACAAAUCAUCGCGCAACGUGCUGCUUCCACUGGAGAGGUGACUUCAUUAUGAAAAAUAUUCACGAUAUAUCCUCUAAAAAAAUGAGAAAAGAAUAUUUAAAAAAGAACAAUUGUACUUUUUUCAAUUUUUUUCAGAAAUUUUUGUACAAAAAAAAAUCAUAUGUUUGCGUGGAAAAAUUGGAUCAAAAGGUCAUUUUGAAAUGGGAAAAAUUGCCGUGUUUUUCUCAACUAUUAAUGAAAGCUUACAUCAUAGCGAAGUUUUUUUUUUCUUUUAUCAAAAUUCUACGUCUGUUCAAGUACUAUUUUUGCUUUCACGACAAUUUUACGAUGCUCUAAAAGUUAAAAAUAUCGUUACAUCCAUAAUAGCAAACUUGAUAAGCUAUAUUGUUUGAAAAAAAUUUCUGGUAUUUCUUUAAAAAAAUGAAUUUGACUUUACUUUCAAAUCAAAGUUCGUCCAUUUCGAGUUUAUCAAAAGUAUACGAUUUGAAAUGGAAAAUUAGAAGUUCAAACCUUUUUUUACAGGUUCGCCGUGUGACCCUCAUUCCGGGUGAUGGUAUCGGCCCGGAAAUCUCCCAGUCUGUUCAGCAGAUCUUUGAGGUAAGUGAAAUGAUCAUGAAUACAUUUUAAAAUGUGUUUUCGUAAAAAGAAAUUUAUUUGUAUUUUUCUAUUCUAAUCUUUUAGUCGAUGUUUUGAUUGUAUUUUGGGGUUUUUUUUAUGUUCAAAUUAGGGUCACUAGAAAGAAUUUUAGGGAAAGUUCCAUUUGUUAACUCGAUAAGAAUAAAAUUUUGACAAAGAAGUUCAUUUGUCCUUUUUUUGAUCUCUCGCACGUUUUAUCGACUUUUCGAACAAGAAUAUCAUUCUUGAACUCUUUAGGAAAAUCUUGCUUUGUUCUAGCUCGGUUUCGACUUUUUUUUUUCGGUUUUUAUUUUUGGGAGUCACCCUUAAAAGUUCUUGUAGGCUUGAACCAAAUUUUUUUUUUUCGUUUUCAAUAAUUUUUCAGGCGGCUGGAGCUCCGAUCGCCUGGGAUCCAGUUGACGUGACGCCGGUCAAAGGUCGCGACGGAGUUUUCCGGAUUCCUUCCCGUUGCAUCGAACUCAUGCAUCAAGUAAAAAUUCAAUUUCAUUGGUCCCUUGAACAAAAAUCAUUUUUUUUUAAUGAACUUUUUGGAAAAAAAAAGAAAGCUCUUUUUGAAUAAUUUACUUUGAGAUGAACAAAAAAAAACUCACAGAAUGAAUUAUCUUAAUAACUUCUGUGAUGUUUGAGAGAAAAUUUGGAAAUUCAAAGUCGCGGCAAUUUUUUUUUUUGCCUUUGCAGAAGCUUUCUUUGAAUCAAUAUUUAAAAAAAUGAAUGAAAACAAUGAUUCAGAACAAAGUUGGCCUGAAGGGACCCCUCGAAACGCCGAUCGGCAAAGGACAUCGUUCCCUGAACUUGGCUGUCCGAAAGUAAGCAGGAUUUCAUAAUAAAAAAGCGAGAUUUUUUGAAGUUGAAAUCGGAAAAAAAAUUCAAAAAAGGCCUUAUGGUCUACUAUUGCGCUCUAUUGAUAAGAGUUUGAAUUGAUACUUUCCCAUUCGGAGAAAUAUUCUAGUGACCACGUAAGAGGUUCCGCAUGGACUACUUAGAGAGGACAUUAAAGUAGUCACUUUAAUUUUUCCCAGUUGAAAACUAAAAAUUGAGCGCAGUUUUGCUGUUUUCAAAAAAAAUGUAACCAAUCUGUCCGAAAAGUUUUUUGUCUUCACUUGUUUCAAAGACUUUUCGGAUCCUGCUGCUUUUUAUUGUAUGGUUUUUCUGUUUCGGUCUUUUGGCUAGUUCACGAGUUAUUCUCUGACAUUUUGUCUUAUUGUCCAUGGAAAUUCAUAGGGAGUUCAACCUCUACGCCAACGUUCGGCCGUGUCGAUCUCUGGAAGGCCACAAAACCUUGUACGACAAUGUCGAUGUUGUCACUAUCCGUGAAAAUACGGAGGGUGAAUAUUCCGGCAUCGAACAUGAGGUAUGAUCUUUGUUUUUAUUGAAGAAAAUUUAGAAGAAAAAUAGAGAAAUAUAUUUUUAAAGUUUAAUAGUUCCUAUUAUCGUUUAAAAACGAAAAAAACAGGAAUUUUCAGUUUAAUUGGCUCUUCCAGUUGUUGCAGUUGGUUGUUUAUCCGUGGCAGCUGUUGUAACUUUUUUUCUUCCUCUUUAAUUCUUUCUUUUGCUCUCUGAUAGCCUUCCUCCUCGGUAGAAGUGUUAUUGAUUUUAGGUUUUCAGUGAUAAAGAAAUAAAGAAAUAAUAUAUAUGAGCUGUAACGAUAUAUUUCUUCAAAAAUUUUCUGCCAUGUCUGUGACACGCAAAAUAGCCAUCAGAGAGUGAAAAAGACAACUAUAUUUUGGAGUGUUAGAGAUAAUUUUGCAUUUCGCGGAAAUUAAUUUGAACACGGCAUUAGAGGUUGCAUUUAAAUUUCCUUGCGUUAUGUCUUGGCUUCUGAAGUAAUCGAUGAGAACCAGAGACUCUUGAAAACAUUUUUGAAUGGAAACGUUUGGAGAUCGUCAACGGCGUUGUCCAAUCGAUCAAGUUGAUCACGGAGACGGCCUCCCGAAAUGUCGCCAGCUUCGCUUUCGAGUAUGCCCGACAGAACGGCAGGAAAUGCGUCACUGCUGUGCAUAAGGGUAGGUCUUGAACAGAGCUUCUGAUGAAACGGGUCCCCCCGGGGCGAUCCGACCCCAAAAGCAGUCACAUCUUAGGAACUCCAAGGUGGUCCCUCUAGAUGUCAUUCAACGAUGAAUUUACCUCUUUUUUUGUAUGAAAAACAUAAAAGAGAAUAAAUUGAUCAUUUUGUUUUUACCAAAAAAAUAAAAAAAUCUCUAUAGAGACCAUUUAAACUUUCAGGGGUCUAAGGGUUAGAUUUUAAGCCCCUCUAGGAGCCUUUUUUUGUACCGUGUUGAGACUUUUUUUUCCCCUUAACCACUAUAGCGUCGAUUGUCAAAAGAGACAUUUUUCUCAAUUUUUUCACCAGUUUAUUAUUAUAACUUCGCGGGUUUGGUCAAAGAAAAAUUUAUUGAUGAAAAAAGUUGAAAUAAAAUGCUUAUUAUCUUCGAAUCCGUAUUCCGGAAUUAUCAAACUUGUUAAUGGGAACUUGAUCAUUGUAGGCAAAUUUGACAACAUUUUUUUUUCCGCUUCAUGAGUCCUCGAUACCGAUUUAGAACAUCCUUUUGUAAUCUUAAAUCUUAAAAGCUUUUUUUUUAUUUUCAGCCAAUAUUAUGCGCAUGUCCGACGGAUUGUUCUUGAGCAUUUGCCGUGAACAGGCCGCCCUCUACCCCGACAUCAAGUUCAAGGUAAACGUGUUCUUAUAAUUUCUUGAAUUUUGAAGUUCAAAACCGUUUUUCGAAUUCAUUCAGCUAGAACUUGAUUUUCUUUUCUUAGAGCUUCACAAUUUCAGGAAGCCUACUUGGACACGGUCUGCCUGAACAUGGUCCAGGAUCCGUCGCAGUACGACGUCCUCGUCAUGCCCAAUUUGUACGGAGACAUCCUGUCGGAUCUGUGCGCCGGACUCGUCGGAGGCCUCGGAGUCACCCCGUCGGGCAACAUUGGCAAGGACGCCGCUGUCUUCGAGUUCGUUUUCCGAAGGGAUUUUUUGGGAAACCAAUAUCUUUUUGCUCACGUUUUUUAUCUUUUUUUGAAUCGUUCAUUUUUAAACGUGGGAGCGCCAAAGUGGUCCCUGUAGAGGUCUCUAUAAAAGUUUGGGGUCUGAUCCCUAAAGCUCAAGUAGUCCUUAUAGCGUCUUUCAAUUUUUUUUCUUGGUUUAAUUCAAAAAGAAAAACGCGAAAAGUUCAUCAUAUGUUCACAGUAAUCGACUAGUCUCCGAUGUGGAUCAACUAAACUCCUGUAAGGGUCAUUUUUGCAAGUUUAUAGAGGAGAGAAACGCGAUCUCAGAGUUGAAACUUUGAGGAUCCCCCUAUAGGGAACAGUCUCGACUAGAAAAAGAGGGCAAACUGACGAAAAAUAACGUCAAUUUUCGUAGGCUUUUCGCACUUUUUAUUUUAAAAAUGGUGUAGAUUUGAAAUGCUAGAAAAAUAAAGAAAAACUCAUACCUUGAUAAAUUCGGAGAUCACCAAGUUUGCUUGCAGAUCGGUUCACGGAACGGCUCCGGAUAUCGCCGGGCAGGACAAGGCCAACCCGACGGCCCUGCUCCUGUCGGCGGUGAUGAUGCUCCGUUACAUGAACCUCACGGACCACGCCCGACGCAUCGAGAAGGCCGUCUUCGACGCCAUCGCCGACGGACGCUGCAAGACUGGCGAUCUUGGAGGUGAGUGUGGGACUAGCACGCCCGGACCCGUCUCUGAGCAUUCCUAGAGAUCACUUUACGGCUUUAGCAUGCGCAUGACGUUUCUGAGCAUUUCUAGUGAUUAUUUAAGAGUUCUAGCUCUUGCUCAAAACGUCAUCAAUAAAUUAUAGUGGUCACUUGAGUGCUGAAUCUUUAUCCCCAUUUUGGAAUGAAAGACUUUUUUUAUCCCUUUAGUGGCUACUUUGAAUUUACUUCCGUGAAUAAAAAAAGAAAUCACUGAGGGUAUUCUUAAUACUGGUGAAACUUUUUUAGGUUUUUUUUUCCAAAAUUAUAGAAUAAGCGAAUUUCAUUAUAUUCCUGAAAGUUUCUCCCUUGUCUCAAACAUCUCAAUUAUUUACAGGCAGCGGAACUUGCUCGACGUUCACCCAGGACGUUUGCAAUCGCGUCAAGGAUUUGUAA